GCCAACUUUUCCUCUUAUCAUAUGUUUUUGAGGAAGAUGGAAGGUUUUGUGUAAUCGACAAUGUCUUCGAAGAAGGGAAAAGAGGCGACUGGCGCGGCCAGGCAAGGCGGUUCGGGCGGGCGAGCCAAUCGUACUGAGCUCCUAAACAAGAAGGAGUUCCGAGAUUGCUUCGGCAUCCCGAACGGAGUGUCCAUUCGGCUGCUGGAGGGCGAUGCCAUGUCUACCGCCAAGUCGGGGGACAACUCCAUUUGCUUUUCCAAGGAGCAGUUCAAUGCGGGACUUCGUCUUCCGCUUCCUUCACUUUUCAAGCAAUUCCUCCACUACACCCAGAUUCCCCCGGCUCUGAUCCAUCCCAACGUUGUCCGGGUACUGAUGGGCUGCAGUGUUCUGGACAUGCUGUUCAGCUUGGACCUGUCCCUACUGGAGGUCCUUUUCACCUACUCCGUCAAGAAGGGGGAGAAUGAUAUCUAUAACUUUGUCGCCAACAUUCCAUCCCUUCAGUUGGUGACUGGCCUUCCUGACUCGACCAAGGGGACCGUAGGAGGCAACGAGUCAGGGCAAGAGGCCCUGGCUACAUCCGAGUCCGGGUGGGGAGAGCCGGGCUGAUCCACUGAGGUUUCUUCCUCAGCCAGAAGAGCCAGUCGUUCAGCCGUUGGAAUUGAAGGCCCCGAUCCGUUUUGACCAGGGAUACGUUCGGAAUCGCUUGAAAUAGCGGGCAAGCCGGAGGGAGCUGGAGAUCUUAUUACUAUUCCCUUUGUGGGAACCUUCUUCUUCUUUCCCGCUGGGGCGCAAGCGGAAGGAAAGGGCGCGGGACGUUUAUCACCAAGGGCCCUCCGCAAAGUUUCCUCUUGGCUUCUUUCCUCCCGUUGGUUGAGAAGUGCUUGGCGUGCCUGGGCGUCUGCCUCGCGCGCCUCCUUGUAGAAUGGGAGAUCUUUGAGAACAAAGUGUUCUCCGGCCACCACCUUUUUGGGCAGCUGCCUCGGGAGUAUGUUGAGUACGUACGGCUGGGGCUCUUGGGUAACCAAGCGGAGAUUCUGCGCGGAGAGAAGCGUUUGACAGCUCCUCUCGUCCGCCGCAAUCUCAAACAGCCUGCUCAACCGGUCGAACGAGGCUUUUUCCACCCACUCUACUAACUUCCCCCUUCUAUCCUUGCCCGCACCCAAGAGAACAAAGCAUGUCAGCCACCCAAUAAUGUUGACCUAACUCACAACCGCAGGAGGACAAGGAGCAACUUAUUCAUACCUGGGGCCUUCAAUGCCUGGUUGGCAGCAGGUAGCUCAGAUGGUACCAGGAGGGCAACCACACAGACUAAGUCUCGAGUUUGAAUCCUAGGGAGGCCACUUUGGGUCGCUUUGGCACCAGAGCAAAAAAUCGGGUCGCUUCGGCACCGAUACAAAUGUACCAAUUUGUACAACAAGUAGG